AUGAUAGACAUAAAGAUCGAAGAACUUAGGAAUUCAAGUGAAGCAGAUCAUUUGGAAUAUGGUAACUUAUUAAAUGAUAAAAGUAUCGAGCUUGUUGUUAUAAAGAAUAAAGAUUUAUAUAUUUAUAAAUAUGAUAAAGAAAAGAAGGAUAUAUAUUUAUUAUAUGAAACAAAAUUAAAUGCUCCCAUUUUAAGAGUAGUUAUUUUAAAAGAUGUAUUUUUGAAUAAAAAAAGAAAAUGUAUAAGUGGAAUACUUUUAAUUUAUAAGAAUUUACAUUUUAUAAUUUAUAAAUAUAAUAAAUUUUUAAAUAGCUUAGUAGUAGUAUUGAGACAUACAUUUAAUAGAGAAAUAAAAUUUUCAUCUUUAUUUUAUAAUUUGCCAUGUGCUAUUAAUUAUAUUCAUAAAUAUGAUAAUUAUAAAUAUAAAAAAAAAAAAAUAAAAAAUAAAAAAAAUAAAAAUAUACAUAAUAUAAGUAAUAAUGAGAAAUUAAUAAAAUAUGGAGAAUCGAGUCUUCAACAUAAUCGCCUUUCUGAUAUAAAAGUGAAUAGAUUGAAGUGUGGAAAAUAUAGAUUAAAAAAAAAGAAAAAAAAAAUUAAAUUAAAGUUAUUACUUAAUAAAGAUAAUGAGAAUAAUAAAUUAUUAUCAAAUAAUAAAAGAACUCAUGUUGAAGAUAUGAUAAUAAAUGAGAAUGAUGAUGAAUAUAAAAAGGAAUUAUAUUUUUUAAAUAAUUAUUGUUUAAAUUUUAAUAAAAAAAAAAUUAUAAAAUCCAAAAAAAAAAAAAUAAAUUUUUGUGAAUUUUCCAUUACAUUUUCUUAUAAUUUUAAAACAUUAUAUACUUUAUUUUAUACAACCAAAAAAAAAAAUAUAGAAGUGACAAAAGGAAAUGAGAAAAAUGAUAAGAUGAGGAAGGAGAUUCAAACUAAUUAUUUUUCUAAAGAUAUAUAUCUUGAUAAUAUAAGUAAAAUAAAAUUACAUAAGAUAUACAAAAAUUUUGUUUUUAUAAAAAAAAUAUUUUAUCAUGAUAAUAUGGCUAACGUAGUUAUUCAGAGGGAUGCGAUUAAUGUUGGUCAGAGAAAAGUUGAAGAGGUAAAUUUAAAACUAGUGACUUUAAGAAUUGAGAACAAUAAAUUUGAUAUAGUGGAAUUAUUAAAUAAUAUUCCUAACGACAUUGUAGAUAUAUUAAAAUAUAAAAAUAUUGUUAUAUGUAUAUGUUAUGAUUAUAUAUAUAUAAUAAAUAUGAUAAGUUAUAAAAAGGUUGUUUAUUUUUUUAAUAAGACUUGUUAUAUAAAUGAAAUAUUUGAUUCAAUGAAAGAUAAUUGUUUAUUUUAUGAUUAUACAUAUUUUAAUAUAAAUUUCAGAAUUAUAAAAGUUCAUAUGAAAAAUAAUAAUAUAUUUUUAUUGAAUAAAAAAUAUAUCAUACAUGGUCAUGUAUCUAAAGAUCUUAAUGAUUUAAUAAAUCUAAUGAGAUGGAAUAAAAUAUAUAAAUUUAUGUCUACUAUAAAAACGUCAACUUUUUUUUAUAUUUCAAAAUAUUUCCAUUUUGUAUAUUCAUAUGAUGGAAUAGGUGGUGUGUCCGAUAUAUGUGUCAUAAGAAGAAAAGAGGAGAUAAAAAGAAAAAAUAAAAAUAAUAAAAUUAAAACAAAUGAUAUAAAUCAGAAAAAAAUAAAUAGUCAUAUUUUUAGAAAAAGAAAAAAUACCAAUACCUUUUCGUUUGAAUCUAACAAAAGAGCUAAAAAUGAGGAUAUAGAAAAUAAACUUUUUCAAAAUGAUAAAAUUAUUCAACACGAUUCUUCAUCAUAUCAUCAUCAUGAUGAUAAUAAUAAUAAGAAGAAUAACACGAUUGUUGAUUUCAUAGAAGAAUCAGAAAAGGUAAAACCAAGAAAUAAUGAUAGUAUAUUAAUACAAAGAAAAAGGAGUACAAGAAAUGAUAUUAUUCAAAUGGAAAAAAAAAAAAAAAAAAUAAAAAAAAGAAAAAAAAAAAAAAUAAAUAUAAAUAAAAAUAAUAAUAAUAAUAAAAAUAAGAAUAAAAACCAAAAUGUUCAUAAAACGUUAAAGUAUUAUAAAAGAAAUAAUAAUUUCCUUUUUGAUUUAUUAAAUUAUUUAAAUAAAAAUAUAAAUGUCAAUGAAUAUACAAAAGAGUUGAAUAAUAAAAAAUAUGAUUUAUUAUUUCAAAAAUAUAAAAAAAAAAUUAAAAUAUUAGAAAAUCAUUUUUCAAAAAUAAAUGCUCAUGGAAAUAUAGAAUAUUCCUCUCCUUUAUUUUUGUUGAAGAAAAAAAAAAAAAUAAAAAUAAAAAUAAAAAUAAAUGACAAUAUAAAAGAUGCGAAUGACAAAACGACAAACAAUGAUAUAACAAAUGAUAUAACAAAUGAUAUAACAGAUGACAUGUCAAAUAAUAAUUUUAAUAUUCAUAAAGAUACUCCUUUAAAUGAAGAAGAAAUAUUAAUACAAAAGAGUCAAGUGAAAGAUAAAGACAAUGAGAAUAUAAAAUCAAGAAAUUCGAAACAUAAAAUACAAAAUGAUAACAAUAAGGAUAAUAUUUUAUUUUUUUCAAAGGUUGAUAAAAUAUCGUGUAAAGGAAUAUUGAUAGAUAUAUAUAAAUUAUAUGAUCAUUUCUCAUCUAUAUAUAAAAGUGUAUAUAUAUCUCUUAUAGGAAGGAAGAAAAAAAGUACCAUAUAUAAAACGUUUUUUGAAUUACCUCUUGAUAUUAAAUUAGAUAUAGAAUUUUUACAAUGUUCUAUUAAAAAUAUUCAUUGCUCGCAACUGCAAGAGAAACAAAGAAUAAGAGUAUGUGACAAGGAAUAUAGAACUAGUGAUAAAAAAUUUAAAGACACACACCUUCAAUAUAUUUUAUUAAAUCUAACAGAAGAACAGUGUAAUAAUAAUAAAAAAGAAAUAAAUGACAUAUCUAAAAUGAAGAAAUUAAAAAAUUAUCAUAAGGAUAAAUUAAUUUGUGAUAAAAAAAAUGAUCAUAUAAAAGAAAAGAGUGAUAGAUAUAUCUUAUUAUGUAUAGAUAAUAUAAACUUUUUAAAAAGGACAAGAGUGAAUGAAUAUUUUAUUUUGUAUGAAAAUAAUAAAUUAAAAAGAAAUCUUUUUUUAAAACAAUUCUCUGAAAGGAUAAGUGUGUUAUAUAAAUAUGAAGAUAAUAAUAACAACAAUAAUAAUAAUAAUAAUAAUAAUAAUAAUAAUAACAGUUUUGAUGAUGGAAGAAACCAUUCUGAUAUGUUUAUAAAUAAUUUGAAUGAUGUUAUGUAUUCAGAUGAUGAACCCAUUGAAGAUAAAGCAAGUACACAGAAGGACGAUCCACAUUGUUACAAUAAUUUAUUAUUAUUAAAAGGAGAGAAGGAUGAAGAUAUUAUAGAUGAUAUAAAAGAAAUAGAUAAUAAUAUAAAUAUUAUAGAUAAGAAUAAAAAUGAUUUUAAUGAUAUUAGUAGAGAUAACUAUUUCUGUUCAAACAAAAUUAUGUAUAUUAUAAAAAGUAAUUCAAAUUAUAAAAAUAUGAAUAUCAAAAAUAAAGAUAAUAAUGAAGAAAUAUAUAUAUCAAAUACAUUGAUGAGUAUUGAGAAAUAUUUAUUAUUUUUUAAAAACACAAAUUUAAAUUAUUUUAAUAAUAAACAUGUUCUAUUUUAUUUGAAGAAGAUAUAUUUUCCAUAUAUAAUAUUAUAUGAACAUAAUAAUAUUCUAUGUAAUCCAAAAAAAGAUAAUCAUAUUAAUGAAAAAGGAAAUAUAAAAACAAGACAUCAUAUAAAUAUACAUUAUGAAGAAAUAAAUAAUGAUAUCUAUAAAUACAAUAAUAAGGAAGAUAAAAAUUUUGUGAAUAAAUCAUCUUUUUAUUUGUCAUAUAAAAGAAUAAGAAAACAAAAUGAAUAUCUUUAUUAUGAAAUGAAGGGUACUGAAUAUUAUUUACAAAAAAAAUAUUUAAAUUUUUUUCUAAUAGAAAAAAAAGAAAAUAUAAAAACAAAUAUUAAUUUAAUAGACACAACUAUAGAUAUAUUAAAUUAUAAAAAUAUUUUCUUAAUACAAAUAUGUAAAUAUGAAAUAAAUAUAUUAUAUUAUAAAAAUACAUAUAUAUUGAUAAAAAAUAUUCCUUUUGAUAAUGCUAUUAAAAGUUGUAAAUUAAUAGAAAAUUAUUUAAUUAUCUUAUAUGAAAAUUAUAAUUCUUCUAUAUAUGUAUUAAAUAAAAAUAUUAUAAAACAAUGUAUACAUAUUAUUAAAAAUAUAAUUUUUUUAUAUAAUCUAUGUACUCUACAUUGUUUAAUAUAUGAAAAUAAACAAGAGGAAAUAAAUAUAUUUAGCUUUAUCAAAUUUUUAAAAGAAAAAAAUAUUUUAUAUACAAAAAAAAAAAAAAAGUCAUCACACAAAUGUAUUAGUAACAAUAAUAUUAAUCAUACAUAUAAUAUAUCAUAUGAUGAGAAAGAAAAAAAUAAGGAGGAUUUUCUUUAUGAUCAUUUUAAUAUAUAUAAUAUAUUUCAAAUAAAAAAUAUAUAUAUGUUAUACGAUUUUAUAAAAAGCAAACAUAUUGAUAUAGAUAAUAUAUUUCAAUUAUAUAUUCCUAAUAUAAAAAAUAUUGAAUGUUUGUCUACAUUAUAUUAUAACAAAAGACAUAUAUAUUUAUCAUACUUGUCUAAUACAAAUAAAACAUUUAAUAUUUUUGAUAUCAGAAGGAAAAAAAUUAUUUUUAAAAGUAAUAAUGUAAUGGGGGUUCCUAAAUAUAUAUAUAAUACAAUAAAUAAAAAAUCAAAUCUAAAAAAAAAAAAUAAACCAAAAAUUAUAAAAUGUGACAACAAUGAUAUUGAUAAUAAUAAUAAUAAUAAUGUGGAGGAUGAGAGUAACAAAAAAAUUAAUCAAAAUGAUAAAUCAUUUAUAAAUUAUUUGGAUGAAGAAAAAAUUAUUAAUAUUUUAUUUUUUAAAUUAAAUAAGGAUUAUUUUUUAAUCAUAUUUUUGACAGGUAGACCAAUAUUAAUAUAUAAAUCUUUUUUUUCAAUAACCAAAAAAAAAAAUAAUAAAAAUUUAUUCUCAAGUCUGAAAUUUAAAAUAUUUGUUCAUAAAUUUAUUCAACCCUUGAUGAGUAAUUUGUUAUAUCUUUCAAAAAAUCCAAACGUUAAUAUUAAUAAUAAAAUGUUUGAUGAUAAUAGUUACAAGGGUUCAUAUAUACUUUUGGAUGAAUCUAAUUUUAAAGCUUCUACAAAUAAAAUGAAAAAUAAAAAAAAAAUAAAAAAUAAUAAUAAAAAAAAAACAAGUGAUUAUUAUAAUAAUUGUAAUGUUCCUUAUAAUUGCCUUAUUGUAUAUCCAUAUAUAGAUAUAAAUCAAAUGACAAGAAAUCUUAGUGAUGAUAAAAAUAUAUCAAAAGAAAUAUUUCAAAAAGAUAUAAUGAAUAGUUAUUAUAUUAAUUAUCCUAUAUUAUUGUUAUCGAAUUAUAAAGGUAAAUUAUAUAUACAUCCUUUGAAUAAAGAAAAACUACAACGAUGUUAUGAUAAUAAUAAAGAAGAGGAAGAAAUAAAUGAAAAGAAGAAUAAUUACAAUAUAUAUCAUGCAUAUAAUAAUAUAUUAUAUAAUAUUAAAGAUAUUUAUGGUCAUAUAAAAGGUUUACAUAAAAUAGAUAAGAAUGAAUUUAUAAGUUUCUCAAAUAAUAAAUUUCAAAUAUUUAGUAUAAAUGAUAAUAAAUAUAAUUAUGUAAUUUCUAAAUCCAGACAAGUUACUAUCAGAUCAGAUUUUUUUCAUACAUCCAAUAUGAAACAUGAUCAAACAUAUGAAAUAAAUGAUCAUAAUAAUAAUAAUAGCUAUUUAUGUUAUCAAGAUGAUAAUGAGAGAUACCUUGGAUAUAUUAAUUCAUAUUGUAAUCCAUAUUAUAUGAACAUACAAAAUGAUAUAAUAUUUUUUUUAAAAGGUUCCACUUUAAUAAAUCUGUCACUUAAUGAUACUUUUUCAACAAAAAAAAUGUUAUCAUAUCCAUAUAUUCAUAAAAUAUGUAUAUCAAAGGAUGAUUAUGUUUUGAAGAAAGAACACAAAUGUGGAGGAGACGACUAUAGCAUGGCAAAAAAAAUAAAAUACAUUAAUGAAAUAAAUGACAACAAUAAUAACAAUAGCGAUAGCAACAAUAAUAAUAAUAAUAAUAAUAAUAUUAAUAGUAAUAAUAUGAAUAAUUGUGAUGAGGAUAAAUAUGUAAAUAAAAAAAAUUGUUAUUAUAAUUCAACAUAUAAUUAUCCAUUUCAUAUCACAUAUGGAAAGGUUCUAGCAGUUGUUGUUAGAAUAAAAUAUGAUGAAUAUUAUUGUUUGAAGAAAUUAUUAAAAAAAAGAAUUAAUUUACAAAAAGAUGAAAUAAAAAAUAAUACUUUAUAUGAAAAUGAAGAAAUACAAUGUAUACCUAAUAUAUAUCUAGAUGAUUGUAUUAAUAAUCAAUAUACACAUAAAAUGAAAAGAUUUUUACCUGUACAUACAGAACAUACAACAAAUAAUUUGAAAGAUGAUAAUAUAUUAAGAAAAAAUAAUAAAUUAAUUCAAUGUGUUAAAACAUAUACAAAAUAUUAUAAAUUAUUAUUAUAUCAUGAAAAUAGUAAACAUAUAUAUGGUUAUUAUAUUUUCGAACAUAGUGAAGAAAUUCAAUGUGUAUCUUUUGGAUAUCUUAAUAAUAAAGAAUAUAUUUAUAUAAGCACUGGAUUAAAUAUUAAUGAACGGAUAGAGACACAAGGAAAUAUAUAUAUACUCGAUUUUAGUAAUAUAUUCUUUAAAUUUAAUAAAAAUUAUUUAGACACAUAUUUUAAUUCUUCCACUAAUAUUCAUGAACUCUCAAAAUCGAUUGAUUCCAUUCAAAAAAAUAACAAAAAUAAUGAUGGGAUGAACCAAAUAGGAAUUAUAAAAUCAGAAACAAAUAAUAAUAAUCAUCUCAAUAAUGAUGGUAAACAUAUAACUGAUACUAAUCAAAAGGAAGAUAUAUUAAAUACAGAUAAUUCAAAUAAUGAAAACCAAACUUUCAAAAAAGGAAAGCUACUAGUUUACAUGAAAAAAACAUAUAACAACUGUGUGUCUCAAAUCCUACCCUUUUAUGUUCACACAGAUAAUUACAAUAAUAAUAAUAAUAAUACAUACGGAGGAAGAAAUUAUAAAACUAUUACAAAAAAUGAAGGAAAGGAAUAUUUUCUAAAUAUUGAAGAUAAAUAUAAUACUUAUUGGAAUGAUAUGAAAGAUUAUCAUAAUAACUCUUAUAGUAAUAUUCUUCAUUGUAUUAAUUCGAAAAUUUAUAUACAUGAAGUUAAUGAUAAUGAUUUCACUAAAGGUGCUUUUCUUGAUAAUAAUUUUUAUAUUAGUGAUAUUAAAAUAAUGAAAAAUUUUAUUAUAAUUGCUGAUUUAUUUAAAGGCAUUUUUAUUAAUAUGUAUAAUUAUGAAGAACAAUAUGAUAGUCGAAGUAUUAUUUCCAUAUCCAAAAAUUUUUAUAGUAACAAUCUAAAUAUAUUAUGUUGUCAUUAUAUUAUAUUCAAUUCUUUUAUAUCAAUCAUUGCUAUGGAUGUUUAUAACAACUUUAUUGUAUUCUCAUAUAAAAAUUAUCAAGAUAUUGAUAAUCUCUAUAUAUUCAAUUAUUUUAAUUUUAAUAGAAGAAUUGUUAAAUUUAUUAACGCACUAAAUAAACAAGAUAACUCAAACCUUGCUCUCUCCUUAUCCAAUGAUGGUAGUAUACAUUUAUUUCAUCCCUUAAAUCAUAAACGUUUUCUUUUCUUUAAAGAAAUAUAUAAUAUUACAAAGAAAUAUAUCUUUCCAAAUCUAGCUCUAAAUGUGAAUACUCAUUUAAAACCAGACUUAUUCAUCCAAUCCAUUGUAUUAAAUUUGUACAAAAAAACGGAUAGCUAUUUGGUCAAAAAUAUUUUAUUUGAUGACUUGUUAAGACAACUUCCGUUUUACUCUAGCGAAGUGCUAUACGAGUUAUUUUAUGAAAAGUCCAACUUGCUUCAGCAUAUAACCAUAGGGGAGUUUUUAAAUGAGCUCCAUGCAUUGAGCCUAAAUUAA